CUCGUGUUCCCUUAAUGUCUUACCCCUGCUUUAGAACUACUCAGGAUUUCCCAAACAGUGAAAACACGUUAAAAAAUCAUGAAAUAUUGAGAAAACAUGCAGUGCGAUGUCAGUAGUGGAUGUGUAGACUACACGGAGGAGGAGGGGGGCGACUUUCAGAUGACAUUGACGCUAUGUAGAUGGGAGUUGAGAAUUGCGCUCCCCUGAACGUUUCUGGUUGUUGAUGUUAGACAGUUGCACAAGGCGAAGCGGCUGCUUCUCGUGUUGAUUCAGCCACCUCGUCAGCACCUAGCCGCUGGACAGCUCCCUGCAGCGGGGUACGUGCGCGCUCUCCUCUAAGACACUUUUGGCGCUUGUUCCAAGUCUUUUAAUGGAAAGACAAUAUCUUUAUGUUCCAAGUAAAACUGGAAGUUUACAACUUCAGGGGGAAUCUACGGAUACCUCGUUUCGAGAUUUGUGGCAGGCAGCCCAUCGUCGGUGGCAGAGAGCACAGCUUUAUUGUUAACGGCAACUGACGAGCCGUGUCCCCAUAGCGGUCACCUGCUUCCAGACAUUUGGUUCAAAGGUUUUGGUCAAAAACCGCGAAACUGCUGUCUGUGUGGACUGGUGCUGAAGCUUCGCGUCCCAAGGCCAGGACCACUACAAAUCGAGAGACAUGGCGACGAACGGCACCAAAACGGAUGGACAAGUAACAGAACUUAACGAAGUGGCAACUAAUGACAAACCCAAGUCACUGGACGUGAAAAGCGACAAGACGAAGAAGGAUCUUCCCGAAAGAGAAACCUGGGGAGGGAGAUUCGAUUUCCUUCUGUCGUGUGUAGGUUAUGCAAUUGGACUCGGAAACGUAUGGAGAUUUCCAUAUCUCUGUGGAAAAAACGGUGGAGGAGCCUUCUUGAUCCCCUAUUUUUUGACACUCAUAUUCGCUGGGAUGCCGCUGUUCCUGCUUGAGACCGCUCUUGGUCAAUACACUUCAAUUGGUGGGCUUGGAGUCUGGAAACUGGCUCCCGUGUUCAAAGGUGUUGGCCUUGCAGCAGCUGUCCUGUCCUUCUGGCUUAACAUUUACUACAUUGUCAUCAUUGCCUGGGCCAUAUACUAUCUCUACAACUCAUUUACCUCUGAACUUCCAUGGAGCUCAUGUGGCAAUUCAUGGAACACAGACAAAUGUUACUCAAACUACAGUAUUGUUGAUAACACCAAUCUUACCAGCGCGGUGAUGGAGUUUUGGGAGCGCAACAUGCAUCAAAUGACCGAUGGCUUGGAAAAACCAGGGCAGAUCCGAGCGCCACUGGCAAUAACACUGGCCAUCGCUUGGGUCCUGGUUUACUUCUGUAUCUGGAAAGGGGUGAGCUGGACUGGCAAGGUUGUGUACUUCUCGGCCACGUAUCCCUAUUUCAUGCUAUUCAUUCUGUUCUGCCGUGGAGUGACUCUACCUGGAGCUAUGGAUGGCAUUCUCUUCUAUAUCACCCCUAACUUUGAAAAACUAAAAGAAUCUGAGGUAUGGCUGGAUGCUGCCACUCAGAUAUUUUUCUCCUACGGUUUGGGACUGGGCUCACUGAUAGCUCUUGGGAGCUAUAACCCUUUUAAUAAUAAUGUUUACAGAGACUCUAUCAUAGUUUGCUGCAUCAACUCCUUCACCAGCAUGUUUGCUGGCUUUGUCAUCUUCUCUAUUGUGGGCUUCAUGGCGAAUGUGACUAAGAGGCCCAUAGAAGAAGUUGCAGCUUCAGGUCCAGGCCUGGCUUUCCUGGCCUACCCUGAGGCUGUGACCCAGCUGCCUGUCUCCCCUCUCUGGGCUAUCUUGUUCUUCUCCAUGCUGCUGAUGCUGGGGAUUGACAGUCAGUUCUGCACGGUAGAGGGCUUUAUCACAGCUCUGGUGGAUGAGUUUCCCAGGGCACUGAGGGGCAGGAGAGAGCUCUUCAUCGCUGCUGUCUGCCUGGUAUCGUACCUGAUCGGCCUAUCCAACAUCACACAGGGAGGCCUGUACGUGUUCAAGCUCUUCGACUACUACUCUGCCAGUGGGAUGUGUCUCCUCUUCCUGGUCUUCUUCGAGUGCAUCUCCAUAUCCUGGUUCUAUGGUGUGAACAAAUUCUAUGACAACAUCCAGGAGAUGAUUGGCUACAAGCCCUGUAUCUGGUGGAAGCUGUGCUGGGUUUGUUUCACCCCUCUCAUCGUGGCCGGGGUGUUCUUGUUCAGUGCAGUCCAAAUGGUUCCUCUCACCUUGAACAACUACGUGUUCCCUGCCUGGGGCCAGGGAGUGGGCUGGCUCAUGGCUCUGUCCUCCAUGGUCCUCAUCCCUGGAUACAUGGUCUACAUGUACAUCGGACUCAAGGGCACCUGGAAAGAGCGCCUACGGAUAAUGUUCCAGCCUCCUGCAGUGGUCCGACGGCCACAGGAGAAUGGACCUGAGACAGUGGUUGCCGAGACCAACAUUGCUAGUCCCUCUAACGCGGCCAACCCAACUAGUCCAUCCAACCCGGUUAGUCCUGCCAAUCCAACUGCUACAAGCCCAGUUGCUGCAGCCCCGGCCAACCCAGCACCUCCAGCCAUUCCAGCUAUGGCUAGCCCUGUGAACCCAACUAGUCCGACCGUUCCAACUGUCCCUACCGUCCCUGCCACUCCAGCCAACCCGACCAGACCUACCAGCCCACCACCCAAUCCGGUUAGCCCAACGGCAAAAGAGACGGCCAUUCCACCACCCAACAUAGUGAGCUCAACAAACCUGACCAACGCUGAGGCCAAUGUCUAGACAAGGCAAAACCCUCAUGGAGAUUGUGUAGUCAACGGCGAACAUUACAAAGGACUUCCAAGAUUUUAAUUGAUUCACCUACCUCCAGGGGCAAUAUCUCAUCAAACCGGAUUUUAAAAUCAUGUUUAAUUUUUCUGCAUUUGUAAAACCAACCCGUUAAUGUCUUUUUAUUGGUAUGCAUUAAAAAUUCUAAAAUCAAAGACUGUUAGUGUUCACAAAAACUACUGUAAUCUGAGUAAAAAUAUGUAAACAAACUGUGUAAUACUGUGAGAAAAGAAAACAACUAUUGAAAAUAGAAUAGCAAUUUGUUCAAUAUCUUCAUGAACCAAGUAAAUACAGUGUGACUAUAGUAGAGCUGAAGUACAAGUGAACAAAAUUGUCAACAUGGGAGAGUGCAAAGGACGGAGUCAAAUUAUCGUGGUUGUUUACUAAGCCUCACACAGUCAUCUCUUUACAAAACUUUGCACUCUGUGAGGCUGAUUACAGGCCACAUGGCAAUGAGGGAACUCUGAUGAAGAAGCACAAUGCCAAUAAGAAGUUUAAAGUCUAUGAACCCUGGAAUUAUCCAGUAUAUCUGUUGCAAAAGAUUUUGUGUGUGAGAGAGACUGUGAUUUUAUCUUCCUUUUUUUUUAGUAAAAAAAUGAACUUUUAUGUGACAAACAUUUUUAGAAUUAUUUUUAAUAUGUUUUCUACUAUAAAUAUUGUGACCGAGGACCAAAAUCGUAGGCAGACGAAAGCAAAAACGAUCUAUGCCAUGUAGUGUUUGGUUUGAGAAACACAGGGUAUCAAAAACAUACAAAAAAAAUAAAUGCAAACGCACAGGGUAUAGAAAAGUGAUUUACAAACAUUGACUAUCCCAUUGAUGCUGACAGUCAAUCCUGUUUACCUUUUUUGCAUGCUUUCCUCAGGAACAUCAAAGAACAAUUCCAAAAUGUCUCCUGACAGAUCUAAGACGAGAACAGAGAAGGCCUUAAGCCACUUAUCAACCAAUUUAUACCAAGCCAUAGUCUGUUUGCAUGACUGGGCAGAUCUCCAGAAUAUCACUUUGUACACUAGCAAACAAUAUUGGACCAACUCUAUGUUUAAAAAUAUUCCUUUUUAUUUCACUUUAUGUGUAAUGAUCAAUUAUACUUUGAUCAAUUUGUAUUCAGCAAUACAAAAUGUAGGUGUAUAGUUGCAGGCCAGUAGAAGAGUGGUCUGUUUCUCUUUUUCUUUUCGUUGUCUUUGCUUUACUAGUAAAAAAGCUCAAAGCUUUCAUUUCCACAGACAUUUGACACGGCGUGUUAAGACAAUGCUAGUUGGCUUAUAUGGCUUCUAUACGGCAGUGAAAAGCAUCUGGUCGAAGAAAAUAUGUUUACUUUGAAAAGCAAAACAACCAAGUGAAAAUGUGAAAUGGCUACAGUUCAUGUCCUGUGAAUUUUGUAUAAAGUUACUCUACCACAGUUCUCUCUGGAACUUUGUUGUAAAACUGUACUGUGUAAAACAUGUAACUGUGAAUGUCUGUUAAUACAUUGGAAGUUAUUGUCUAAAUGUUGAAAAAAAAAAUUCUAAAGAGUUGCUGUUUUCUGCAAUAAUAUUUUGAUCACAGAAACUAAAGCACAUAUCUUACAGAAAUAUACGAAAUGAUGAUGACAAUGAAGAUAUUGACGAUUAUAUUAAAAAUAGAAACUAUGUAUAGUAAAAAAAAUCACAUUGUUUUGUUUAUUUUGAACUGUCUCACUGCCUAAUGCACAACAUAAUAUAAACAUGAUAUGUGUUUAAAUGGUGUCAUAUGAUAAAGCACGAUUGUCAUGUUAUACAAAAAGAAAAAAGCUGAAAAAAUAAAUAAUUA